AUGACCACAACAGCAGACAUUAUCAUGGGUGUCGUUCCAGGAGGCAACACGGCUGCCGCUGUAGUGCAAGAAGCCGGACGAUGGGUCACGCAACCUCUUACCACGACCGCUUUCGCGGCGACCACGCCAGCAACACCACGUUUAUUCUCGAGCUCCAGCAUCCGCAGCACUGCAACGAGGGUUGGGUCAUGGGGGGGCGAGAGCGGCUACGACUACGCCGACGGCAGCAGCGGCAGCCGAGAGCCGAGACGGGGAGGACGAGGGGGGAGAUUUUCUGGCAGAGGAGGACGGGGAAGAGGGAACCGGGGUGGUGGGAGGGGAAGGGCGAGGGAAGAGUGGCAAGGGUCUUCUGCGGCGAGCGGCAGAGGCGGCAGAGGAAGGGGCGGCGGCGGUGGCCGCGACAGCUACUUCAGCCGGGGUGGCCGGACAGGGGAGGAGAGGUGGGGUGGCGGCGGCGGGCGGUUUAGUCGGGGGGGAGGGCGUGGUAGAUUCGGGAGGGGUGGUGGCGGAAGGGGAAGAGGAGGUGCUGGCUGGGGCCGGCUUGAUCCGCAGACGGUGGAGAAAGGCAAGAUGCUGGCGGCUAGAAUCAAGGAGCUCGCGAAAGCCAGGGACUUCGAGGGCAUGCUGGAGGCGCUCGAAGAAGGGCCCAAGAACGCCAUUGUGUGCACCGUGGCUAUCACCUGCUUGGGCCAAGCGGGAAAAUGGAGGGAGGCGGUGGAGGUGCUAGACGGCAUGGGAAAGGGUGGUGACGGCAGCGACAGGCCCGACGCGUUCGCCUACGCCGCGACCAUUAACGCCUGCGGAAAGGCCGGGAGACCCGUCGAGGCAGUGGCGCUACUAACGGAGAUGCCGACCAGGCGAGUGAAGCCCGAUGUGGUUUGCUUCGGCUCUGCCAUCUUCGCGCUGGGAGAGGUCGCCGGCACGCAGAAUCGGAGCACCUGGGGCAGGAAAGGGGCCGACGAGGGAGGAGAAGGAGGAGACAAGCCUAUUGCUUCUGCCGUGGCCGACCCGAAGCCGACCCGUGCCCACGAAAAGGCCCUGGAAUUGAUCCAGGAGAUGCGACGCGAAGGGCCGAGCCCGAACUCCCAGUGCUACGCCUCUGCGAUCACCGCUUGUGCUAGAGCGCACGACCCGAGGUCGGCCAUGCGGCUCCUGGCAGACAUGAGGGAGGACGGCGUGCCGCCGAACGACGUUGUGCUCAACGCCGCCGUCGACGCGUGUGGAAAGGGAGAUGCCCCCGACGAGGCCCUGAAGCUUCUCCGUGGAAUGGAAAAAGCUUACGGGGUAAAGCCCAACACCGUCACGUUCAACUCCGCCAUCUCCGGCCUCUCCAGGGCCGGCAGGGCACGAGAAGCGAAAGCUCUGCUGAACGAGAUGUCCGAGAGAGGGCUCAAGCCGGACAAUUUCAGCUUCAACGCAGCGAUGCAGGGGUUCGCGGCAGCGGGGGACCCUCGGAACACGGCCUCCCUCUCCGACGAGAUGAAGAGCCGCGGCAUAGGCAUGGACGUGGUCAGCUACGGGACUGCUGUGAGCGCUUGCGCCAAAGCUGGAGACGUCAAGGGGGCGCUGAAGCUACUCAAGGAGAUGCAGGAGGCGGGUGUGGAGCCCAACACAGUGGUGUACAAUUCGGCGCUCGAUGCCUGCGGCCGCGCGGGAAAGCCCAAGGUGGCCGAGAAGCUCCUCCGGAAGAUGGGAGAGACCGGCGUGGUACGGGACGCGACGAGUUACACGGGAGCGAUCGUGGCAUGUUCCAGGAACGGGGACGGGGACAAGGCGCUCGAGUGGCUCGAGACCAUGUCCAAGGAGGGAAUCGCUCCCGAGGCAAUCACUUACAACUACGCCAUGGCGGCGUGUGGAAGGUCCGGGAACGAUAGGCAGGCGGAGUGGCUACUAAACGAGAUGCGUGGUCAGGGAGUGACGCCAAACCGUAUCAGCUACAGCGCGGCCAUGUUCGCUCUGGGCAAGGCUGGUCGUCUGCCGGAUGUAUUGAGCCUCCUGGAAGAGAUGCACAGAGAGGGCGUCGAGGCAGAUGAGGUUACCUAUCACAUUGCCGUGGACGCGGCGUCGAUCGCGAGGGAUCUUGGCUGCGCCAUGGACCUGUUCCGAGAAAUGCGUGCGAGGGGCCUGCCCGUCACGAAGCGGCGCGUGGAGUACAUCCAAGCCAAGAUCUCGGGCGGCGGCGGCGGCCGAAGUGGAGGUGGUCGCAAAAACGACCGAUCGCGCGUUCAGGAGCGAACCAAGGCCGAGGACGUCGUUGCGACAACAUUGCGGGCCGGAGCUGAUUUCUUGGAGGAACUGCGGCAACGGUUCGCGGUCGAGACGGAAGAGCUUGCUAGCGACAGUGAUCUCGACCUUCUGGCAGACGACGUCUUGCUUGCUGGCGCCAUUAGUUCCGGUGAAGUCAAAACAAAUGGAGAGGCGGGGGCAGCAACAACGUCGGUAGACGUCACAGGAGCAGUUGGGGAUUCACCGGUAUCCGGAGUCGACGGAGACGAUCGAACGUCCGAAGACGGCAGAUCCGAAGCAGACGAAACCGUCGCCGAAAUCGCUGACGAGGCGGUACGAGGUGAUAUCUCUGAGCAAGGGGAGGAGGACACAAACAAGGCGCAGCUGGUACUCGAGGGGUUCAAGGCUAUGAAGGUUACCGACCUCAAGGUCGAGCUCAAGGGCAGGGGGCUCCGUGUGUCUGGUAACAAAGCCGAGCUUCUCGCCAGGCUCGAGGAGGCUCUGCAGCAGCCAGCAGCCUAG